AAGAUGGCAACCCCCAAGAGCAGGCUAAACAAACCUGCUUCUAAACCUCAUCAGCGUUCAUAACAUAGUCAUGCGCUACUCCUUUGGACACACGAGCCAUCACGUCAGACCGUAUCUUCAUAAGGUAAAACUUAAAUUCGACGUCUUUAGACAUGUCAGGACGUUUUCCGCAGCAGAUAAACCUACAGUUGUGGAAGAAACCACUAAAACAUACCCAUCUAUCAAUGAUAAAAAGCAAUGUUUUGAUGAAAUGGUGGAAUUCCGCAAGAAAGAAGCUAGAUCAUCAGUUGUUGUUCAGGUGGGAAACCCUUCAAAAUCGGCAGCUCUGGUAAAUCAGGUGUGCUCAAGACAUGGAAAUGUGGCAAAUCUCUUCCAUUACACACAUAAAGACAAGGAGUUACUUCUUUUAGAGUUUGAUUCUGAGCUGUCUGCUGUAAAUCUACUUGCUAGCUGUUCUCACAACAAUAAUGUUAAAGUGAUUCCAGCUGCCUCACCCUUCCUGUGGUUGAAAGCAAUGCCUUCAGAAUCAUCUGCCUCUGUGCCGGCAAGAUAUCCCACAAUUAUUAGUGAAGACAAUUUAGCAAAUGACAACCUAGAAGACCUUCUUUCCAAUGCAAAAUCGAUAUCAGAACAGAUGAUAAUUUUGGAAGAUCAGACUCGCUUAUCGGAAAUUGGCCAUAGGCUCAGGUGGAUAACCUGCGUUCAAAUUGAGCGUAUGCUCUCGGGUUUAUUUCCUAGUCUACAAGUUUUACCAUUCGGCUCCUUUGUCAAUGGUUGCGGGCGUAAUGGUUGCGAUCUGGAUAUGGCAGUCUCACUUGAUGGCCAUUGUGGGUCGGAACCCUUCGAAGUGAAAUCACCUCUCAUUUUCCAAGCCAAAGCUGUAAUAAACAACCCCAGGCUUCAAACACAAAGACAUAUUGAAGUUUUUGCAGAUAUUCUCCAAAACUUUACUACAGGUUGCACUCAGGUUCAACGGAUAUUGCAAGCUAGAGUACCAAUUGUUAAAUUUUACCACGAAUUCACCGGAGUUGAUUGUGACCUAUCUAUGGGGUCGUUAACGGGCGUUUUCAUGUCUGAGUUGCUAUAUCUUUAUGAUAAAGUUGAUUGGAGAUUCAGGCCGUUAGUGACAGCUGUAAGACAUUGGGGUGCUUGGGCUAGGCUAACGGAUAUGGUUCCGGGACCUCGAAUAACCAAUUUUACGCUUACGCUUAUGGUGGUCUUUUUCUUGCAACGUCGCUCUCCAGCAAUUUUACCAACACUCAGUGAAAUGAUCAAAUUAGCUAGACCUCAAGUGGAUACUCGACAAACAAAUGACAUCGAUUGCACUUUCCUGCGUGAUCCGACCAUGUUCCAAGAGCGCGGAAACUUAAAUCAAGAAUCACUUGAAGACCUUUUUAUUGAGUUUUUGCGAUUCGUUGAAAGCUUCGAUUUUAAUGAGCGAAGCGUGUCCAUUAUAACGGGCACUGCGACCAGAAAAUUCGAUUCGAAGCCCCUCUACGUGCAAAAUCCGCUAGAACGUGAACUGAAUGUUAGCAGGAAUGUUAACCUUAAAGAACUCACGCGCGUGGUUAUGGAAGCUAGAAACGCAUUGUACAUUUUGGAGACCCAAGAAGAUCAGGGACCCGCAAACUGGGGACUGUUGGCUCUCCCACGAGCCGAACGAGUACGGCGCUUGAACCCGAAGACAUCGCAUUACAACCACGUGGCUCAGAUAGAUAUCAAAGAUCUCUUUUCAACUGAUACUGACGAUGAAAUUGACGAUUUUGUUGAAACGAAACUUUCCAAGGGCGAAGCCUACCAGCAGACCGUAUCUCCCUUUACAGCAGCACACAACCAAACAAAAUCGUCAACAACAGAAUCCCGUCCUAGUUCGGGCUUGAACGCUAUGAACGGAUUUAUUAAACAAGUACAACUUACUACUGGAUUAGCAGGAAACAAAUCGUCAAAAAACCUACCUUUGAAAUCCGAAAAAAAUCGAAAUUCAAUCGAAAAGCAAAAACGGAAGUAGCAUAUUACUUCGGACUAUUAAAAAUUCGAUGAUUGUACAGUAUUGUGAUCAAUAAAUCAAACUUUAUUCAAA